UUUUUAAUAAUAACAUCACAUGAGUGUUUAUACUGCACCACACAAGCAAGCUAGAGCUAGCUAGCUACUCAGAGAACCACUGAACUCCACGCUAAGAGAUGAAGCAUGUACCAAAAAUUCUCCUCUUGCUUGCUGUCAGCUGCUCCUUGGCCAUUGGACAGGAUAACUAUACAUGUGAUGUGGACUUCAAGACUUGGAACAAAACCUCUUUCCCUCCAGUCUGCACUGCUGAUGAAUGGAUCUGCUUUACAACAUCAGGAGGAAUGAAUCAGACUGGCGGAAGCAUAGAUAAAACUCGCUGUGGUGACGCUUGUAAUUCCAAGGAUGGAAGUCAAAUGUGGAUAGGGUUUUUGGGAGCUGCAAUCGCAAUUGUGUUUUUUGGCUCCAAUUUUAUUCCUGUAAAAAAGUUUGAAACUGGAGACGGCAUGUUUUUUCAGUGGGUGCUGUGUGUUGGUAUCUGGCUGGUGGGUUUGGUGGUAAACAUGAUCCAAAAUCAGCCGCCUAUUUUCCUGCCUGCCCUCGUUGGAGGAAUUAGUUGGACCACAGGUAACCUUCUGGUGGUGCCUAUCAUAAAACUGAUUGGUCUCACCAUGGGGUUGACUGUGUGGGGGGUCACUAACAUGUUGGCUGGCUGGUUCACUGGAGUGGUCAUACUUGACCAGGAAGUUAGUUGCCCUGGUCUCAACUAUGGAGGAGUGGCUGUGGUUGUUGUGAGUGUGAUUGUUCUUGCUUUUGUCAAGAGCGAAGGAAAGAAGACCAGCUCCACCAGCGCUACAUCUGAUCCUCCAAUUAACGAAACAACCCGACUGUUGAGCAGCAGGACUUCUUCUCUGGAGGGAUCUCUACGUGCUAGGGUGCUUCAACAAAACGAGAAGAAAGGUUCAAUUCAGCGAGAUGUAGAAAAAGUCGUCUUCAAUAGCGGCGCCACCUCUUCCAAUCCAGCACCUCAAGACGUUGACCUGAUCAAGCCUGAGGACGCAGAUGCAUCUUGGGUGGAUCGCUUUGCUGAGCGUCCCAUCAUCAGCAAAGUAUUGGCCUUCUCUCUGUGUGUGGUGGCUGGGCUGCUGUUUGGAUUCCAGUUUCUGCCAAUUCAGUUCUUGAAGUAUUGCGACGAUGGGGCCCAUUCUUGUCAAGAUUUGGACUAUGUCUUCAGUGACUAUUGUGGUAUCCUCUUCACAAGUACCUUCUAUUUCAUAAUAUACUGUGCAGUGUCGAAAAACAAGCCAAAAGUCUACCCUCGUUUGAUUCUGCCUGGUCUUAUCUCAGGCAUUAUGUGGGGUAUAGCUAUGACUGCUUGGUUCUUGGCUAAUCAACACUUAUCUUUGGCUGUCAGCUUUCCAAUUGUCACUGCUGGUCCUGGCUUUGUGAGCUCAGCGUGGGGAAUACUGGUCUAUAGGGAGAUAAAGGGUUGGCGAAACAUUAUCCUCUUCUUUGUUGCCUUCAUCAUAUCGGCCUGUGGUCUGAUAAUGGACUCUCUCUCCAAGUGCACCGUUUCAUGUUGAAGCCACUUUCUCUUUACACCAUAUUCAAUUAUUCACUAGACUGACUUGUCUUUAAUAAGCUAGUGUAUGCAGAUCGAGCUUUAUUAUUUUUUACUUGUAUUUGUGUCUGUUAUGAAUACACCCACCCCUCCUCUAA